AUGAAGAGGAUGUUCCACACCGAACAUGCCUGCUCUUAUCACUUUCCCACAGCGAUGUGUCUCUCUGCUACCUCCUUUUUUUAAUCUCGUCGGAUGCAAAACACAUUCGCCCACCCGCUCACACACACGCAUACAAACACACACACCCACCACACCAUUGGACGCCACCCUCUCCAGCACACACCACAGCCAGUGCAGAACUCUGUCGGAGCUACAUAGAGAAACAUUCAGAUGUUAAACGAAAGCUUUUGGAAAUGUUAACUGCGACACGAGAUUGCCUUUCUGCAUUUUGUGCCUUUGAGCACCCAGACCACACGCGACAGCUAAUUAACUCUAGCCUAGCCCAGCUAGAGAUCCUGUGCAAACAGCUGUACGAGAGCACGGACACCAGCACCAGGCUGCAGGCCGAGAAGGCCCUGGUGGAGUUCACCAACAACCCUGACUGCCUGAGCAAAUGCCAGCUCCUCCUUGAGAGAGGCAGCUCUUCAUACUCUCAGCUGCUAGCUGCCACAUGUCUUUCCAAGCUGGUGUCCCGCACCAGUAGCCCCCUGCCCCUGGAGCAGCGCAUCGAUAUCCGGAACUAUGUGCUGAAUUACCUGGCGACCCGGCCGAAGCUGGUGGCCUUCGUAACGCAGGCUCUGAUCCAGCUCUACGCCCGCAUCACCAAGCUGGGCUGGUUCGACUGCCAGAAGGAGGACUACGUCUUCCGCAACGUCAUCGCCGACGUCACCCGAUUCUUACAGGACAGUGUUGAGCACUGUAUCAUAGGUGUUACCAUCCUCUCCCAGCUGACCAAUGAGAUUAACCAAGUAAGUUCCUCGGCGCUCCUGUCCAAUGCAGACACAACGCAUCCGCUAACGAAGCACAGGAAGAUUGCAUCGUCGUUCAGAGACUCCUCCCUCUUUGAUAUCUUCACUCUCUCCUGUAACCUGCUCAAACAGGCGUCGGGGAAGAACCUGAACCUGAACGACGAGAGUCAGCACGGCCUGCUCAUGCAGCUGCUCAAGCUGGCCCACAACUGCCUCAACUUCGACUUCAUCGGCACCUCCACCGACGAGUCCUCAGACGACCUGUGCACGGUGCAGAUCCCCACCAGCUGGAGAUCCGCGUUCUUGGACUCCACCACCCUGCAGCUGUUUUUCGACUUGUAUCAUUCCAUCCCUCCGUCCCUUUCUCCUCUGGUCUUAUCGUGUUUAGUACAAAUCGCUUCUGUCCGAAGAUCGUUAUUCAACAACGCGGAAAGGGCGAAGUUCUUGUCGCACCUGGUGGACGGGGUCAAGAGGAUUCUGGAGAACCCUCAGAGCUUAUCAGACCCAAACAACUACCACGAGUUCUGCCGACUUCUGGCGAGGCUGAAGAGCAACUACCAGCUGGGGGAACUGGUCAAAGUGGAGAAUUACCCCGAGGUCAUACGGUUGAUAGCUAACUUCACCGUCACUAGCCUACAGGCCCCCCAGCACUGGGAGUUUGCCCCCAACAGUGUGCACUACCUGCUGAGUCUGUGGCAGCGCCUGGCUGCAUCCGUCCCCUAUGUGAAGGCUACCGAACCCCACCUGCUGGAGACCUACACCCCAGAGGUCACCAAGGCCUACGUCACCUCCCGUCUGGAGUCCGUGCACAUCAUCCUCAGGGAUGGGCUUGAGGACCCUCUUGAUGACACGGGAUUGGUGCAGCAGCAGCUGGACCAGCUGUCCACGAUUGGUCGGUGCGAGUACGAGAAGACGUGUGCCCUAUUGGUGCAGCUGUUCGACCAAUCGGCUCAGUCCUACCAGGAGCUGCUGCAGUCCACUAACUCCAGUGCCAUGGACAUUACCGUUCAGGAGGGGCGGCUGACGUGGCUGGUGUAUAUAAUCGGAGCGGUGAUUGGAGGUCGCGUGUCGUUCGCCAGUACGGACGAGCAGGACGCGAUGGACGGAGAGCUUGUGUGUCGCAUCUCUGAUUGGCUCUCCAGGGUGCUGCAGCUCAUGAACCUGACGGACUCGCGCUUGGCCCAGGCGGGGAAUGAGAAACUGGAGCUGGCGAUGCUCAGCUUCUUUGAGCAGUUCCGCAAGAUCUACAUCGGAGACCAGGUGCAGAAAUCCUCCAAGCUUUACCGCCGCCUGUCCGAGGUCUUGGGGCUCAACGACGAGACCAUGGUGCUCAGCGUCUUCAUCGGGAAGAUAAUCACCAAUCUGAAGUACUGGGGUCAGUGUGAGCCCAUCACGUCUAAAACGCUUCAGCUCCUGAAUGACCUCUCCAUCGGUUACAGCAGUGUGAGAAAGCUGGUGAAACUUAGCGCUGUUCAGUUCAUGCUCAACAACCACACGAGUGAACACUUCUCCUUCCUGGGUGUGAACAACCAGUCGAACCUGAGCGACAUGAGGUGUCGAACCACUUUCUACACAGCCCUAGGGCGCCUCCUGAUGGUGGACCUGGGCGAAGACGAGGACCAGUUUGAGCAGUUCAUGCUGCCCCUCACUGCUGCGUUUGAAGCCGUGGCUCAUAUGUUCAGCACCAACACCUUCAACGAGCAGGAAGCCAAAAGGACCCUGGUGGGUUUGGUGAGAGACCUGCGGGGGAUCGCCUUCGCCUUCAACGCCAAGACCAGCUUCAUGAUGCUGUUUGAUUGGAUUUACCCGUCCUACAUGCCCAUCCUGCAGCGCGCCAUCGAGCUGUGGUACCACGUCCCCGCCUGCACCACGCCCGUCCUCAAACUGAUGGCUGAGCUCGUCCACAACAGGUCGCAGCGGCUGCAGUUUGACGUCUCGUCGCCAAACGGAAUCCUGCUUUUCAGGGAGACGAGUAAAAUGAUAACCACAUACGGUAACCGGAUCCUCACUCUGGGGGACGUGCCGAAGGACCAGGUGUACGCUCUGAAGCUGAAGGGCGUGUCCAUCUGCUUCUCCAUGCUGAAGGCCGUGCUCAGUGGGAACUACGUCAACUUCGGCGUCUUCCGUCUCUAUGGCGACGACGCGCUCGACAACGCCCUACAGACCUUCAUUAAGCUCCUCCUCUCCGUCCCACACAGUGACCUGCUGGACUACCCCAAACUCAGCCAGUCGUAUUACUCUCUGCUGGAGGUCCUGACGCAGGAUCACAUGGCCUUCAUCGCCAGCCUCGAGCCGCACGUCAUCAUGUACAUCCUGUCCUCCAUCUCAGAGGGGCUCACAGCACUGGACACCAUGGUGUGCACGGGCUGCUGCUCCAGCCUGGACCACAUCGUGACGUACCUGUUCAAGCAGCUCUCCCGCAGCACCAAGAAACGCGCGUCCUCUCUGGGCCAGGACAGCGACCGCUUCCUCCACAUCAUGCAGCAGCACCCCGAAAUGAUCCAGCAGAUGCUGUCCACGGUCCUCAACAUUAUCAUUUUUGAAGACUGCCGAAAUCAGUGGUCCAUGUCACGGCCUUUACUGGGACUGAUCCUGCUAAAUGAGAAGUACUUUGCGGACCUGCGGAGCAGCAUCGUGAGCAGUCAGCCGCCCGAGAAACAGCAGGCCAUGCACCUGUGCUUCGAGAACCUGAUGGAGGGCAUCGAGCGCAACCUGCUCACCAAGAACAGAGACAGGUUCACACAGAACCUAUCGGUGUUCCGGAGGGAGGUGAACGACUCGAUGAAGAACUCCACCUACGGGGUCAACAGCAACGAGAUGAUGAGCUGACAUUCCAGACUCCGCCCCCCUCCUCCACAGCCCCGCCCCCCCUAGGCCCGGGACGUCAGGGGACCACCCACCGUCACGCCCAUCCCCACCCCCCACCCCCCGAACCAACCCCAAAUCCCACCCCCAACCCCCCCCCCCCCCCCCUUUUAUCCUGCAGCCAGUUUCCAAGGGUCACCGUUUGACCAAACUCUGAGAAUUGGGGCUCAAAGUCCAAAGAGAGAAUAAUAGACUUUUUGGGAGGGUGAUUCUUGGGGGGGUGGGGGGGUGGGUGGCAGGAGCAGAGGAUGUACUAAAGGGAGGCCCCAAACCCAGGGACGGGAUGGGGUAUAGGGGGAGGGGUGUCAGUACUCCUCUAUCUCUGCCUGCCUUGUACAAAAAAUACACAAAAAAAAAGUGUACAUUUUUUCAUAACAUUUUGAACGUUUAUAAUAAUUAAAUUUAAGAAGAAAAACAAAUGGACAAAAAAAAAAAAAAAAAGUGUGAUUGAGAUUUUUAUAGUGCUCUGGAGUAUCGAGUCUGUCUGUGUAUGGAGAGGGUACGGUAUCCCAGUGAGGGGUUGCGUUUGCAAUGGGUUUGGAACGUGUGGCAAAACGGGACUCUCCUCAAAGAGGUAGAGGUGGGGGGGGGAGAGACUGAGACAGUGACAGCCUGACGCUCGGUGUGUGGGGGAGAGGAUGGCUUUGGUGGGGAGGGUGACCUUUGACCUUGCUCAGAUUGAGCGCAGUGCUCUCCUUCCUGUCGCUACGAUGUGAGAGACACCCCCAGGCCUCGCCACCCCCUUAAUGCACAGAGCUGGUGUGUGCUGUGAUGUCACUGUCUCCUGAAUGAAUCGAAAGGCUUCGUUCCCCCAAUCCCAAUACAACACAAUUGAUUCAAAUCUGCAAGUCACUUUAAAAAGCACUUGGAGGCUUCGCCCAACUCUGGGGGGGUUGUUGGUGUAGUCUCAAUCUCCCAGCACUGCUUUUAGGCCUUCUCUAAUGAAACCCGGGUCCAAUACGUCAUUGUUUUUUAAUUAAAUAUUUUUUGACGCUUUACUAAGCUUGUCUGGAAUAUUGGAGCCUAUUAAAUACUUUCAAAAAGUGCAAGCUCCACCUUCUGGUCCUCUUGGUCGUCUCAAUUGUGCUAGGCAAGAUCAGUCGCGCACAAAAGUAUUUGAAUCAAAAAUAAAUACGCAUUUGACCCAGGUCUGCCUGACCAUGAGCAGGUAAGAUGGAGGGCUGGGGGCUCUAGUUACACAGGCAUAGGACUACAUUUCCCAUAAGGACAAUCUGAGUGGCUAGAUGUGCUUUUUUAAAGUGUGGAAUCAGGGUUUUGAGACCUUGUGGAAUGCCAUUCAAGGAGCACAUGCAGCAACGCAAGGGGUCUUUCUCUAGUCCUUGUGUAGAAAAAUGCACAGUCCUAAUUUUGUAAUGUGAUGCAAGCUGAAAUUCCACGCGUUUCCGUUAAAGGUGCUUAACCAUUUCAGUCCCACGCCUCCACUCGAAUUCUGAAGGGUUUGGCUUUGGUUGAGAACUACAAACAAAGAAGUAAUCAUUUCCGCUCCAGGGUUACUCACUCCAACCAAAUUAGCCCAGGCUGCCACCUUGUGGAUUGGCAGUAUAUAGCUAGGGCUAAAAGAAGCCGGUAAACUCACGUACGGUAUAUAAGGCAAAGCGCUUGGUAUGUCCCAGUUCCUUAAGUGUUUAACGUUAACGGGCUUUAAUGUUCGUUUACUUUCCCUUUCUUUUAUUUCAGCUGCAGCAGUACUCGUAAUGUUGCCUAGGAAACCAUUUUCAAUUUAAUUUAACUCAAAUUUCAUUGAGUGUCAUUGUCAUAACAGUAGGAAGAGAAUGCACUGAUGGCAACCGAUCCAACGAUUUUCACCAGGCUCGAUCGAGUUUUCACUUUUAUUUUAUUGUGAGGUUUGAGGGGAGUAGGAGGUCUGAGGUUCUGGUCAUGUGCUUGUUUGCUCUUGCUCCUCCUGUUACUCUGGGAUAGAGUGAUGUCCAGCGAGGGGAAGAAAAGGGACAACGGGCUCGUUCCAGCCGCAGUUCAGUUUUUCCACUUUUACCUUUUUCUUGCUCCUAGAACUCAAAAACUCCAGAACGUUCCUUUAUUGUGAAGAAACACGAGCGCAUCCUUUGCGGAACUAUUUUUUCCUAAAGCGUGGCGUAUAAAUGAUUGACCUGUGGAUCCACUUCUCCCCGUCUGCUACAUCUGGCUUCGAACUGACGUUUGAAGUAGCGAGGACAUCUUUUCCUAGCCUCUCCCAAUGGGUGGAGCAAGGGGCAAGAGAAGGAGAAAGAAAAAGCGAUUGGAAUGAGCCCUGUGGCAUUAAACGAGAGCAGACCCCCCCCCCCCCCCCCCCUCACUCACUUAGGCUCUCUUGUAGUCAGCACUGCCCCCACCCACUAUUCUUAUGUCCGAAGAAGCCCCCCUUAAUUUUAAUUACGGAAGGAAAUUUCGCACUAAAAUAAUACAGAAUGGAUUUAUAUUAGCAAUUUGUGCUACUCUUAAGGAGUGUUGCUGCUAAUCGUUUUGUGAAGACCUAGCUCAUCUCUAACCAUGUUUAACAAUUAUCCAUUCUUCAUUUUUAUUUUAUUUUUUAUAUAUAUAAAUCCUUGUGAAUGUGUCCAUUUUGGGAAACAGUGUGUUGGGUCCAUUGAGUGAUGACGAGGUAGCUGGUUUGGAUGUUUGCUGCGUAUAGUGUAAGCACCGUGACUGCAAAACGAAAUAAAUAAACGUCAUUGGUUUGUACUGAGA